UAUGUUGGGCACCAACGUUCGGCCAAAGCGGCCGGAACGCCCGUAACAACGGCGCCAGUGGCAGUUGGAAUAUUGGCAACACCGGUGACAGGCGCAGCAGCAGUGAGUGAGGCGGCGGAUUGUGUGUGCCUAUGGAUGUGACUGACAAACCGGCGAGUGCCGCAUUGGACAGAAGACGUACGCCAUGCUCUCCGUACCAUACCUGCUCUCUUUCGCCGCUGCCGCACUCUGCGUGCUGGCGAGCCAACCCGACACCGCACACGGAGCCUCCGGGCCUCGCUGGCUGAACGAGCUUCCCGCGCGGCUCCUGUUCUCAAACUGGACGGGCGCCACGGUGCGCUGCUCGGCCGACGGGGACCCGCGCCCUCACGUGUGGUGGGUGAGCGCGGCGGAUGGGCUCAACGCCAGCGCCCUGCCGGUGGCCUCCCGAGCGCAGUUGAUCACACUCCACGAGGGCACGCUCACCUUCCUGCCCUUCCGCGAGCACCAGUUCCGGGCGGAGUUACACCGCGGAUCCUUCCGCUGCCGCGCGCACAACUCCAGAGGCACCGUGCUCAGCACCGUAGUGCACGUCAAUGCGGUGGUAGCACAAGACUGGGAGCUGCGCAUGUGGUCCGCUCCGGGUUCGGUGCCACGUGGCGGCGCUUUAUUGGUGCGCUGCCCGAUACCGAGUCACGUGAGCCACCACGUGAUCGUCACGGCCUGGGAGGAGGAGCACCACAGUCCGGCACUUAUCACGCCCCGAUCACCGACCGACCGGUACGUGAUGACGUCAUCAGGCGAUCUGUACGUGCGGAGUCUGACGCAAGCUGCCCGCUUCCGGUGCCACACGGAGGACGUGCUUACACGCCGAAACAGGACCAGCACCACCUAUGCGCACUACCACGCUACGGAAACAACCGGAAGCCAGACGCCGUCUAUCACAUUCCACUCGGGUCACGUGACGGUGGAACAAGGUCGCCCGGCUGACCUGGUCUGUUUGGCCCAAGGCUGGCCCCCACCGAAGUUCAAGUGGUACCGCAAGCAAGGACAGAGACUCGCGCCGGUCUCGCCCUCGCCUGCGCCGACGGUGCUCGACGGAGUCCUGCACUGGAGCGGAGGCGUGCAGAGCGAAGACGAAGGGCCGUACGUGUGCGUGGCCUCCAACACCUUGGGAGAAGCCAGGGCAACACUACAGCUUUCAGUCAUCGGGGACUUGUCGGCGAGCAUCCGUCCGCGGCUGGUUCGUGCCGAGGCCGGCGACUCGGUGUCGUUCCAGUGCAACGCGAGCAGCGCCGAAGCGUCGCUCGAGUGGCGUCUGAACGGGUCGCCGCUUCCACUGGGAUUCCAGCGGCUCGAGCGUGGGUUCGUGCGGAUCGAAGCAGUGGCCCGGCACCAGGGCGGCAUGCUGCAGUGCUUCGCUGCUUCCAGAGACGGACGCAGGGCAGCGCAGGCCACGGCGGAGCUCGUAGUUGGAGAGCGGGCCCCUAGAAUGGAACGAACCUUCGGAACCUCGGGUGGCCUGAACCCCAAGUCUCCCGCGAGCCUAGGGUGCCGGGCGUCCGGUGACCCGGCGCCCUCGAUCACUUGGACACUGGACGGUGCGUGGCCCGUGUCUGGAGGUGGCCCACGGUUGCGUCUCUGGUCGACCAGCGACUCGGCCACGGGCGAUGCUGUGAGCUUCCUCAACUGGACGUCGGUGGAGACGUCCGACUCGGGACACUACCAGUGUGUGGCGAGCAAUGCCGCGGGCAGAGCGGUGCACGACUUCCGGCUGGACGUGCGAGGCCCGAUUUUCACGCGGCCAGCGUACAACGCCACGGCUCUCGACGGACACCGCCUGGUUCUGCAGUGUCCAUUCGGCGGAUACCCGUACGACAAGGUCACCUGGUUCAAAGACGGGAGUGAACUGCCGGUGAACCAGAGGCAGACCGUGUUCCCCAACGGCACGCUGCUGCUGGAGACUCUGACGAAGGCCAAGGAUCCCGGAGAGUACACCUGCUCUGUAGAGAGUCCCGCAGGUCCUGCUGUGCAACAGGGCGUCCGAGUCAUCGUCAGAACCGGCCCGCAGAUCACGCCGUUCCGGUGGCUGGACGAACUGCAGGAAGGAAUGCGCGCGGGUCUGAGCUGCUUCGUGCACGCCGGCGAGCCGCCCAUCGUCAUCGAGUGGCUCAAGGACGGCGCGCCUUUCACCAAAGCAGUGCGCCAAGACGGAUUCAUGUCCACGAUAUCGAUGGAUGCCCUGACACCGCAGGACAACGGCAACUACACCUGCCGCGCCUCCAACGCCUGGGCCACAGCCAGCCACAGCACCGUGCUCAGGGUCAAAGGCUGGGAUGGCGGCCCGUACCGCGCCCUGGUGAGCACCUCCCGGGUGCACGUGCUGGUCAAUGGCUCUCUGAGCAUGCGCAGUCUGGAGGCGGGCGACGCGGGCCUCUACCUGUGCGAGGCCUCCAAUGGCGUCGGCGCCGAGCUCUCCAAGGUGGUCCGCCUCACCGUGCGCAGCAGCCCCCGGCUCUCGCCAAAGGAAUCCACAACAUCGGCAAAGCGGGGAAGCACCGUACACCUCCAGUGCGAGCCAGAGGCUGGAGACACGCCCAUGCGGCUCUGGUGGCUCAAGGACGGGGUGCCAAUUGCAGCGCUCGGUGACCACAGAUACUCACAAGCGGAACACACUGACGUCAAGACACCGAAGUCAACGCUGACCAUCACGAACGUCCAGAAGUCUGAUGACGCCGUGUUCACGUGUCACGCUUCCAACGACUACGGAGAGGACACCAAUAACGUCCAGCUAAUCGUGCAAGACGUGCCCGGCGUUCCCGACAGCCUCCAAGUGAACGAGGCAUCCAGCAGGUAUGUGCGGCUCACCUGGACGGAGCCUUUUAAUGGGAACCUGCCUAUAUCACAGUACCUGCUGCGAUGGACGAAUAAGGAAGGCACGUGGGAGGACAGUGUGGCGGUGUCCGGCACCGAAACAAAGGUGACCGUGCGAGGAUUGGUGCCGUCCGCCUCGUACCUGUUCACCGUGCGAGCGGAGAACGCCCUGGGUCCCGGUGGCUACACCUCGCCUCUGGAGGUGCACACUGACGACGAACCCCCUCGCAAUGCACCGACGAGUGUUCACCUGACGCCGAUCGACUCCAGGAGCAUCGCGAUAAAAUUUGAGGACGUCUUGUCCUCCCCCGGCCAAUCGGGGACCGGCGGUAGCGGCCGUGUAGACGGUUACUACGUGGCCUACAGGCGCGAGGGAUCGCCAGAGCCCCUCCGCUACCAGACAUUGCACGAGCGAGAGGGCGUUCUCUCCGGCCUGGACAGGGACACCCGCUACGAGGUGCUCGUGCAGGCAUACAACUCCAAGGGACCAGGGCCUCCGUCCAGGACGCACUCCGUGCGCACGCUAGCAGCUGAUCCUCCUCCACCGCCGACGUACCGGGUGGUCGGCACCUCAGCUCGGACCAUCUCGUUGGCCUGGGAGAGGCCGGUCAUCGCUUUCGAUGAUCCCCCCAUCAGAACGUACUACGUGUCGUGGCGGGUGGAAGGUGACGAGCAUCCAUGGCGAGAGCAGUCGGUUGGCGGCGACCGGACCAACUUCGCUCUUUCGGGCCUCGCAUGCGGUACAAGGCACCAACUGCGCAUGCGCUCCGCUAGCGAUGUGGGACGAGGACCCGAAGGGAACGUAGUCACUGCCUCCACUGAAGGAAACCGCCCCGUGCUGCAGCAGGCGGACCGCCUUGUCGACAGUAACUCCACAUCCGCCUGGCUACGAGCCGAGGCGUGGUGGCACGGCGGAUGCCCCAUCAGCCACUUCACCGUCCACUACCGGCGCAGCACCGAAGCAGACUGGACGCUGGCGUCCAGUCACCUGCCGUACCGGCUCAACGAUGAGCCGCUGGUGCUCAAUGAUCUCGAGCCGGGAUCCUGGUACGUGCUGCUCAUGGUGGCCCACAACGACGCCGGCAGCACCACCGCGCAAGUCAACUUCGCCACACUCACGCUGGACGGAGACGUGCCUUCCCAGAAGCCUCACCUUCUGGACGCCAAGAUGGCGUCUUUCUAUCGGCACCUGACCGUGACGCUGCCCAUCGGCAGCUCGGUGCUGGUGCUCGUCGUGGUGCUCGCCGUGCUGUGGUGCGUUCUACGCCGGCACGCGGACGACGCAGCAGUUGCGCACGGCACGCCGCAAGGAAGCGUGUCAGGCGAGCGGUACAAGAGCGAGGUGCUGAGCUCCACGGAGCCCACGUACUGCGGCGGCAACGGCGGCUCGUCGCGCGGAUCUUCCGCAUACGCCGUGCCGCACAGGGUCUACGACGUGCCUUACGCCCACAAGAGGCCAGGUGAACACAUAGCCAUACAAUCGAGAAAGUCGCAAACUGCCACAGGCUUAAGCCGAGACGGUUCAGAGCUUUUCUACGUUUCCAGCAAAUGCAAAGUGUUCGACGAGGACGACAUGCACAGGUUAUGACGCGUGAUUCGCACUUCUCUGCGACUUUCGAAGACGCGCGAGCAGCGAGCUUGCUGAAGGAUAAUCAACAAAGGUGUUGUGAUUCUCUAAGCUGCGCCGUGAGGAACGCGCAUGACGACCACCUCAGCUCUGCAUCAGACGUUUCUACAAAGUUCAAACGCACUGAGAGUGACAACAAACUACACUUGUUUUUCGGACAGAUUUCGCUGUAGGGCACCUAAGCUCAUAAGCUGCUUCGCGCUCGGCCACUUGAGACAAGGCCACAUCAACCACAACAACAAAAAUAACACCGUAUAAGCCGAACUAAUCACUACGUCGCAAAAAUGCAUUGAUGCUGCCAUAGCACUCCUGGUUGUAAGAAACCGUGGUGCUAGCUGCCAGUGCGAUGAAGUAUACUUAUCUUUCCCGGCAGGCGUCGCCCUAUCGACAAUUAUCAGCCAGAGCACUGAGGGCAUUACAUACGCGUGGCGCGCCUAUACAUGAUUGGAGAUGAAGAAACGAGCAAACCGUGGUCUUACCUUUAACUAUCAGCGUCGCACCUUGACAACCUACCUAGACCACGAUUAAACUCGUGCUGGUUAUACCUAAAAGCAGUUUCUCACUGCCACACGUUGACUAUUCAUUCAAUCAUACUUUGCCACAGAUAGUUUAAACUAUCUGAGGCACAUUUUUUUUUCAGCAGCACAUUUUUUUUUCAGUAAUGUCGCAAAGCUGGAACAUCUUUCCCAAGUGACAGUUUCUGUUGACAAUUCCUCAUAAAAAGGGCACCGCAGCUUUUUUUGUGUGUGUGUGUUUUGAAGCAGAGAUAGCAUUCCGUCGGAAUUGAACAGCUCUUUCUCUGAAGCCUACAUCCAACACAAUCAAAUAUGUGCUUUAAAGCAAGCAACUCACGCUCGCCAUUUCCCACGCUCACACGCGUAUAAGGUGCAGCCGUCCAAGGCAACAAACAAUCAAACAAGCUGCAUCGUAACAUACAAAGGGACCCAGGUCUGACGCGCGCGUACAUCAUUUUUUACCAUAAUUUGGGUUUGUUUGUUUUGUUUUUUUACCUUCGAAACUUUGUCUGAUACCCCAGGCAAUGAAACUAGCAACUGUCCGCAGCUUAGGAGAGACCACAGCGCAGGAGAGUAGCAGCUGCUUGAUUGAUAGUGUACGUGUACAUAAAUUGAGAAGGAAACUGUUUAAUAAAUUAUUUUG